AUGUCUAGAAAAUUCAUAUCAAUUACUUGGCGAAUUCUUUCCAACGUUAGACCGAGAAAUUCUUUAAUACCUAACUGCAGAAUUUUAACUUCAAAAUUUUAUAAUUUGAAUGGGCUACUUACAAACAAUAUUACUGUGACCGUACAACCACUUUCUCACAGUUUCUUCACUAGUCAACGAAUACUGCAGUCUUCAAAGAAAAAAGUAGGUGGGAAAGGUGGUAAAAAAGGCAAGAAUUAUGUUAAAGACGAAGACGAAGAAGUGGAGGAGGUCAUUAAUAUAAAAAAUAGAGAUUUUGACUUAAAUAAAGUUGAAACUAAAGUAAACGCGGUUAUUGAAAAAUUAAAAAAGGAAUAUAGUUCUAUUAGGAUCGGUCGUGCGAACCCAGCCAUUCUUGAUCCCGUAAUAGUACCUUUUAAAGGCAACAGCGCACCUCUUAAAGAUAUUGCACAAGUCAUUGUUAAAGAUCCUCAAACCUUGAUAGUACAUGUACAUGAAGAAGAAUUAAUAAAAGCAGUAGAUAAAUCCAUAAGAGGUUCCAAUUUAAAUUUAAAUCCCAUGAUUGAAGGUAAACAUAUUAAAGUGCCGAUACCCAAAAUCACAACAGAAUAUCGUGAGAAGAUGACUAAAGUCGCAUCAAAGUUGGCUGAGAAUGCAAAAAUUAAGAUUAGGCUAGUAAGGCAAGAUGGUAUGAAAGAUCUAAAGCAUGAUAGUAAGAAUGGAUUAUCAAGUGAUGAAUCAAGAAUAUUAAAUAAAAAACUUGAAUCGCUUAUAGAGAAAUUCGUAUCAGACAUUGAUGAGAUUUUGAAAGUCAAAGCUAAAGAGUUAUCUGGGGUCUAA